CUUGUACAAUUGGUUGGACUUAGAUUCAUUUGGUGAUAUGAUUAUUUACUAUAAAUAUUAAUAGAAGCCACAUCCACACCCAGUCAGCUCUUUCUCUCUCAGCUGGUCAGAUGGCUACAAAACUAGCUGAAGGCCCUCCAGAGCAGCUCAAAUACCAGACAUGGGUCUUCAAAGUCUCAAUCCACUGCGAAGGCUGCCGGAAGAAAGUCAGGAAAGUUCUUCAGGGAAUCGACGGUGUUUACAUGACUCAGAUUGACUCUCAGCAGCAUAAGGUUACAGUGACUGGCAACGUCGACGCCGAGACUCUUAUAAAGAAACUAGCAAGAUCAGGGAAACAUGCAGAGCUUUGGCCGGAAAAGUCAGAGAAGAAGGAUAAGAAGUCAGGAAAAUCCAUGAUCAAUGGGGAACAGGACUCUAAAGGUAGCCAGGAAAUUGGAGCGGGUUCUGAUGAUGGGGAAAACGAUGAUCAAAACAAUCUAAAAGAGAAGUCUGAGACUGUCGCUAAAAGUGAUGGUGGUAACCAACCGCUGGAUGCCGAAGGCGAGCAGGCUGGUGGAGAAAACGCUGCUGCAGCUACUACUGGCGGAGGUGGAAGUGGAAGUGGAGGCAAAAAGAAGAAAAAGAAGAAAGGUGGCCAAAAUAAUGGUGAGCAUAACAAUGAUGGGAGCGGUGGUGAUGAUCAUUCCAGUGGCGCAACAGUAGAGGCCAAAUCUCCAACAGCUAAUCCAAAUCCAAACCCAGCUCCACCUACGGCGUCGAUGGAAUAUGUCCCUCAACAUCAGCCUGCAUACCCAUAUCAUCUUCCAUUGUAUUAUGCAGCUUCUCCAGCUUAUGGAGUAAACUACAACACAGCAUAUCCUAGUGCUACAGCAUCAUACUAUGCUCCUUCCAUGCAUGCUCAUCUGUAUGCUCACCAGCCACCACAUCCACCAUAUGAACCAAUCAAAAGGAUGAUUCAUGAUGAUCAUGAUUAUGAUAAUGAUGGUAUAUGCUUAAUUAUGUAAGAAAAUUUGUUUAAGUACGUAAUCUAUGACGUAUUGAUAUGGGAUUAUAAUAAAUUUUGUAAUUACAGUAGAAUUGAGAAAAUGUUUGGACGUUCUUACUAUAAUAUAAUUUGGUCUUUGUUUAGCUUUA